AUGACAGACAGCGUUUGUCCUUGGGACUUCAAACCCUUCAAAUGGCUCCUUCACGUGAACUUUCUUUCUCUCUCGCCACCAUUUGUUUCAAUUUUUUAUUUUCAUUCUUCUUUCUUUUUCUCUUUUCUCCUUUCUAUCUUUCUUUACUCUUUCCUUUCUUUCUUUUCUCUUUCCUUUCUUUCUUUCUUUCUUUUUCUUUCUUUUCCUUUCCUUUUCCUCUUUCCUUUCUUUCUUUUUCCUUCUUUCCUUUCUUUUUCUUUACUCUUUCCUUGGUUUUUCUUUCUUUUCUUUCCUUUUCUUUCUUUUUUUCCUUUUUCCUUUUUUUUUUUCUUUCUUUCUUUCCUUCUUUCUUUCUUUUUUUUCUCUUUCCUUCUUUCUUUUUUUCUUUCCUUCUUUCCUUUUUCUCUUUCCUUCUUUCUUUUUCUUUCUUUCUUUCCCUUUUCUUUCUUUCUUUCUUUCCUUCUUUCUUUCCUUCCUUUCCUUUCCUUUUCUUUUUUUUCUUUCCUUUCUUUCCUUUUUUUUUCUUUCUUUCUUUCUUUCUUUCCUUUUUUUUUUCUUUCUUUCUUUCCUUCUUUCUUUCCUUUCUUUCUUUCUUUCCUUUUUUCUUUCUUUCUUUCCUUUCUUUCUUUCUUUCCUUUCUUUCUUUCCUUUUCUUUCCUUUUUUCUUUUUUCUUUCUUUUCUUUCUUUCCUUUCUUUCUUUUUCUUUCUUCUUCUUUCUUUUUUUUUUGUUUUUUUUCUUAUUUCUCUUUCUUUUGUCUCCUUUGUCAACCCAUACCCCUUUAAGUACUUAA